AUGGAGAUGUCCAGGCAGCUGGCCUCAUUUGAAUCUUACCGCCCGUCGGUCGGUCCGUCCGUCCCAACAGUCCCAGCCAGCCUCCUUCCGAUGACAUUAUCUCCCUUUCCUUCUCAUCCACUUCCCAACACCGCUUCCAUUGUACUUCCUUUCGAAAUCGUUCUUUUUUUCGUAUUUCGUGACACUUUUUUGACUUUUUAAGAAAGGUUUCAGAUUUUUGAAAGGAUCAAAUCGUAUCUUAAAAAAAAGAAAUUUUUUUUUAAAUUUUGAUAGUAUGAGCUUAUAUGAGUUAGAAACGGGAAAAAUUGAUCAAUUAUUUUUUUUUUGAAAAAAUUUAUUUUUGUUUGGUUUUUGUCACAAACAAAACUUUUGUGAUAUCAUACUCUAUUUCGACCAAACUUGUAAAAAAAUCUGAUUUUUCGCGAUUUUUUUGUUCUCUCUUCAUUUUUUUCUCGUAAUUUAUUAUUCCAGGAACUCCUCCGUGAGAGAAAAAAAGAGCGCAGAUAAGUAACAAAAAUAAAUUAUUCACGGCUGAACUUUUAUGAUUUUUUUGUUGAAAAAAAUAGCCAUUUUUUUCUCGGUUUUUUUGACCUUAUAAAAAUAUUCUCUCGUGUUUUUCCCUUAUUUUUUACGAAAUAUCCAGGGAGAAAAAAGAGAGCGCAGAUAGGUCAGAAACUUGCAACUUGCGGCUCAAUUUUCCAUGAUUUUUUGGAAAAAAAAAUUAUGAAAUUUCUUUUUUUUCGUGUUGAAAGGUUCAUUUUUCUAGUGCACAACCUUAUAAUAACAGGGAAAAACCUUUUUUUUACUUAAUUUCAAGCUAAUAUUAUCACUAAAGACCACAGAGAUCAUUAGAAAAAAAAAUAGUAAGCCGGAUAAUUUUCCCUCGGUCGAAAGGGCACAUUGGCUUGGCCUUGGACCGCUUCUUUUCUUUUUUUCUCUUCGAUUGUCCGAAUCAAAGUGGAACCAAUUUAUCAUUUAUCUCACUCGACAUGUCGGCGACUUUACUGGGUCACUUGUUUUUUGAGUCGGAAAUUUUGAUCAAUUUAUCAUUUUCACCUUGGAUUAAGGGUUAGAAUGCUUCGAAGGAAACGUUAAAAUUCGAAAAAAUGCAUUUUUUUUUCACGUUUUCCUGCUUUCAAAUUAACUAUUUUCAUCUAUUUUGGUCGAUUUUCUUUAAAAAAAACUGCUAGCUCUCCAGUUUUGCACGCUAUUUUGCUAAUCAAUCUAGAAACUUAUUUUGAAUUUUAGAAUGUUCUAUCAAUUUAUGAUUUUCCCCUUGGAUCAAGGAUCAGUAGCUUCAAAAGCAGCGAUUUUGAAUUUCGCGAAAAUUAUUUUGAACACGGUAUGUGCGAGAGCGCCGCAGUGCAUGCACACGACACAAUACACUUUACGCAAAAAAAUAUGGACAGGGCGUCGUCAAAAAAAGGCAGUGGUAGAAUUUAAAAAAAAAAGAUAUCCUUUUUUUCAAGUUUUUUCUAAACUAGCCAAUCAAAUUAGAUCAAAAAAUGAGGUUGAAAAAACUACAAUUCCAUAAAUAUUGUUGAAAAAAAAAAUAGGUUUUCAUCGUAUUUUUUUCAAAAAUUCCCAGCUCAAAAAAAUACAAAUUGUUGGCGGGCGCCUCCAAAUAAGGGAGAAAUGGCCCUCGACCCCGAAACUUUCGCCUUUUCGCCCGUCGGUUUACAAGUCUCAUUUCCUCCCACAAUUAUACUUUCUUACCUUUUCCGUCCGUCGGCCUCAUGUCAGGCUCAUGGGUAAUUUGCUAAUUUUCUGGUUCAUUUGAACCGAUCCCUCUCCUUUUUUUUGACCUAAAAUUUGAGCGCCUUUUUUCAAAAAAAUGUUCAAUCACACGCUUUCCGCCAAUUUUUUGGUUUUUUUUUCAACCAUCAAUUGCCUCGAUUUGGUUUUUUUCUUCUUUCAUUUUUUGACGUAUUUUACGCAAUGGACUAUAUUUUCGCAGCGGAAUCCAGAUUCCUGCCAAGUAUGUCUGGUUUUCCAGCAACUAGCCACGAGAAUUUUCUGUUUGGCGUUCGCGUUGCAAUUUUUGUUUCAUAGCCUCAAAAUUUUUUCCAUUGCGAACUACUUGAUUUUUCAACCACAAAAUUCUUAUUUCAUGUGUUAUUUAAUUUCUCUUUCACACGAAAGCUUGAACCUUUUAUGGGAAAGUACAGUAAAGCUUUUUUUUCGCAUUUUUUCAAAUCUUUGAUGACUUUUCUUGACUGAGAUCCGUCACGAACCCGUUGGUUCCCAUGAAAUCGCCGAAAAUCGCUUUCAGAAGCAAUGAAUCAUACUAAUAGGGGAGAAAAAAACUCUUUGCCUAUCUCCUGCUUGGAAUUUCACUCUUGUUUAGCAAAAAAAAUUAAUUUAAUCGUGAAAACGAUUUUUUUUUGAAAAAAAAACGGUAUCCGUGCAUUGUGUAAUUGUGAUUGCGUACAAGUUACAGUAACUUGAAAAAAAAAAUUUCUUUGUUUUUUUAAUGAAAAACUAUUAAUUUAGUUUUUUUUUUCCAGUUUUGACAGCUGUGAAAAAGGCGUUUGAUUUGAUUUCCAACUCGUGAAAAGCGGAACAGACUCACAAAGAGAGGUUUUUCGCGUGUAAAGAGCGCCGUGUGUUUAGAUCCGUAUCUGAUCCACUUUGUGACCUCCGGGGGCCGACGGUCGAAAUUCUUCUCCUAAUCGGCGCCAAAAAUCCGCAUCGCUUUUUUCAUACACUGAAUACUUCUUGCCACCUUUUUCAUUGCUUUUACAUUGUUAAUUUUGUUUUCUCGGGGAUUUCUCGGUCUUUUAAAGUAAUUUAUGUUUUAUUUUUUUAUUUUUUUAAAAUUUUUUUAGAGUCGCUUUUUUUACUUUGCCAAAGGUUUCAUUUUUCCCUUGUUAUUUGUUUUCUACUUUUUGAUGACAAUAAAAUAUAUCCCCUUUUGAACAUAUUUUGAAGGAGUUAUCAAUUUUUUCUAUAAAACAAUAUAAAUUAGCGCUUUAUAUUUUUUGCUCUACAUAUUUUACUUUUUCACUCUAGUCUAGUUUAUCUUCACGUAAUAUUUCUUAUCUCAUUCAAAACUUUGAAAAAAUGUCGUUUUUUUCCUCAAAAAUAUGUUUCUUCAUUGUUUUCCUCUUACUUUUGAGUGCUUUUUCGUCCAAACUAUUGAAAUUUUCUGCUUAUUUUUUCGAUUUUCUUGUUCUAUUUUGAAUCGGCUCCGAUUUCCCCGACAUAAUUUUCUUCAAUCGCCCCCAUCUCUUGCGUAACACUUUUCCUCCGAGGAUAACUGUCCUAGUUGAGGGAAAAAGUGUCAAAAACACGGUUUUCCGAGAACAAUUAGUCGAUUUUCAGAGAGAUCGGAGGAUCGGCGCCGACGGUGGGUGAAAAAUCCAAGAGAAUCAAGUAGAAGAAGGAGAAGACCGCCUUUUCGUGCCAGUCGGACCCGAAUUCCAUUGUUUUCCCUCCACCAAAUCUUCGCCAAAAAACUUCUUUUCGUUCUUGGAGUCAACUGAUUUCACUCAUCGGUAAUUUUUUUUGGGUAUUUUCUACUAAAUUUAAGCUCAUUUAACCAUAUUUUUUUGUUGUUUCAAUUCCUGGUUAACUUCUAUUUUUUUGACUCUUCGACGUUUCUAGAAGCUUCAAAGAUUAAAAAAAUUAAAAAAAUUUAAAGAUUUUCAAAAAAACUUUUUUUCAUUUCCUUUUGAUUUCUAAUAGAUAGUUUUACGUGUUAACUCAAGCCACGCUUAUCAAAAAUUUUUGAGAAAAAAAAAAUCAAUAAAAAAAAAUUUUUUUUUUCGAAACAAUUUUUUCAAUUUUUUUCGUCAUACGUUUUCUAAGUCUAGUUUCAUUUCAAAAAUCAUGAAAAAUAUUUCUCGAAACUGCAAAACACCGUGAAAAUGCAAAAUUUUUUUGAAAAAUUUCUUUUAGACGUGUUAUUAAGUAACGCUAAAGUUGAAUUAAAACUCCCUUUCGAAAAAAAUUUUUCUGAACUUUUAUGAAUUUAUUAACUCGUAUUUUCCUUUUCUGAUUUUUUUCUAGCCAUAGUGAGGGAUAAUUAAAUCUAAUAACACUAAUAUACCUUUUUUCAAUUAAAAGUUUUCAGUAAAAAAAAAAUUUUCCUAAUUUUUCGGGCUGAUGGUAAUGAUACUUGGUCCAUUUACUAUGAAAAUUCAAACAAAAUUUGAAAUUUUCAAGCAAAAAAGCUUAUGAAAGUUUUUCAUUUUCAGAGAAAAGCCGCAAGCUGGCGCCGUCGCGCAGCCACACGUGGACGAUGGGCGGCCGCGGGCUGCUGCUGCUGCUCGGACUCCUGGGAGGCGCUCGGGCCGUCGUCACGUGUCCCGAGCUCCCGGAAACGUGCUCCUGCAACACCAACAAAAACUUGUUGAGUGUCAGUUGCAACGGGGUCGGCAUCGCCAGAUUGGCUCAGGUGAUUUUGGAAGAAAAUCGAGAUUACAAAAAUAUUUUAUUAGUUUUCUGUAUUUCCUUCAUUUUAAAGAGACUGUUCGCUGUAUGAAAACAGAGAAACUUUAUUUUCAAACGUUAUAAUUUUGAAAAAGAAUGGAUUUUUCAAUGAGUCUCCUGUCUUUUUUUAAUCAUUUUAAAGUCCCUCCUGUCUUUUUUUAACCUUUUUUUCGGAAAAAUUUCAAAAAUAUUGUGAAAUUUUUGUCAAAUCCCGGUAUAAAGGAAAAAAAGGUAUUAUUUUAAAAAUAAAAAAAUAGAUAUGAAACCUGAAAACUUGGUAAUUUUUUUCUCAUGUAAAUUUGCAAAAUGAGUACUUUUUACCACUAGUUAAUAUUCAAAUUUGAGCUUAAAAAAAUAUAAUUAAUUUCUUCUUCAACAGAAAAAAAGUAUACGGCCCAUUUUUCUUCAAAAAAACUAUAAAAUGCUGAAAAAUGUCGUAUUUUUCCUGCGAAUUUUCGACCUCCUCCUAAAUUUCCCGACGCCUACAGUUUUAUGAUUUUUAGUGACCUUGGGAAGCGAGAAGAUAUCAUCGCGAACACCUGUUUAUAUUACCUUAAGCACAGUUUUGUUAUCGUUUUGUAGUUAGUUUAUUUUUUUGAAGAAAUAUGAAGUUUUGCGUGUUUUUUUGAACUGAUGAAAAAAAGUAAAACAAACAUUUUUGUUUGAAUUAUUUCAAAAAAAGGAGAAUUAGUAAGAAAAUGGAUUUUUUUAAUAGACUAUACGACUAUUAAAAAAAGUCUUACUUUUUGAAUUUUGGGGCUGUUUUUUUGAAAAAAAUAGUGGUGAUUUUUUUUUUUGAAGACUUUAAGGUUCAAAUCACAGAUUUUCCAAUAAAAUCAUCAUCCGUUGAUUUUUUUUUUCGGAACGUCUCCCACAUAAAAAAGUCGCAGGUCAAUAUUUUGAUUUUGAAAAUUUCAACCAAAAAGUGAUUUUUUGUUUUUGUUUUUUGGUCCUAUUAUGUUCACUCUGAAAUUCUCUAUCCGGUUCCGAAAAUAAUUUCAAAACUUCCACUCAAAAAUCGCAUAAAUCUAGAAAUCACGGCGUUUUUGUUAGUGGAAGAAAAAGCGAAACCAAAAACACGGUACGCAAUUUUCUGCUCGGAAGCGGCGCGGUGCAUGCACACUACACACGACACUUUACGGAGAAAAAGGGGCGUGGCGUCGUCGAAGAAACGUUGUGAAAUUUUUGUCUGGGAAGUUUCAAUGAACUUAAAAACGUUUUUGUCUUGAAAUCAGUUGAAAUAUAAUUUUUGCUUUCGAAACCCCUUUAAUUUUGAAAAAUGGGCAUAUUUCAGAGCCUCGGCACCCUGGACGUGGAAGAUCUGAAGAUAAACGGAUGCCACGAGCCGAAAAUCACGAGUCUUCCCUUCAAUGGCCUCCGCGUUUUGCAGAUUAGCAAUUGUAGCGUCGCUGAGAUUAGCUCCGAGGUGAUUUUCUACGGGGAGAAAAGAAAGAAAGUCGCUUUUGAGACCCCUUCCUCGGGAAAGCGAUUGAAUUGAACUUGUAUUGAUUAUUGCGAAAGCGAUCGGAAUGCGACACGGAAAUCGGCGUUGCCCUUUGCAAGUCGUAUGUGUGGCUGUUUGAAGUUUGAGUUCAAGGCCCCCGGAUUCGUUCUGAUAGGUUGAGUUGUUCAAUUAAGGGGGGGUCUUGAGAUUUCAAAAAUUACCGUAGAGAAUUCUUGAUUUAUUAGAGGUUGACUGUUAAGAGAAGAUACAAUUUGAAUAUAUAUUUCACUUGGAUACAUAUAAAAACUUGAGAUAAAGGUUCUAGAAUGAAAUAUGGCAUAAGUGUUAAUAUUUAGGCGGACAAAAUAUACAUUUAGUUUCUUUUGUGAGUUACUUUUCCAUUUUGAGAUUUUCAAGGCCCUCGUUCUGAUAGGUUGGGCUGUUAAACUGGAAACGUAGCCAAGGAGGGGUCUUGAGCAAUUUUGAAGACUUUGGUAAGGAAAAUCGAUCAUUCAACUCCUUUAAUUCUUAACUGUGUUGACUAUUUGGUGCAGAUCAAAUUGUAAGGUUGAAUUUUCAAAGAUUGACUUCAAAGGGGUACAUAAAUCAACAUGAGAAAAAGUUUUUAUGAUGAAAGAUGGAAUAAGUGUUAAGUUUGAGGUGGCAAAAGAUAGAUUUAGUUUCUUUUGUGAGUUAUUUUUGAGAUUUUCAAGCCAAGUUAUAUUUUCAAGGCCUUGGGAUUCGUUCUGAUAGGUUGUUCAACUGGAAAAAUAGCCAAGGGAGGGGUUUGAGUAAUUUUGAAAAUUUCUGUAGAUGAUCCUUGAUUUUUUCUGAGAUUGGCUGUGGAGUGUUGCUUAAAUUUGAAUAUUUAGUUCAGUCGGAUUCAUAGAAAAAGGGUUUAUGAUGAAAUAUGGCACAAGUGUUGAGAUUGAGCUGGACAAAAGAUAGAUUCAGUUACUUUUGUGAGUUAUUUUUCCAUUUUGAGAUUUUCAGGCCAAAUUAUAUUUUUAAGGCCCCCGGAUUCGUUCUGAUAGGUUGAGUUGUUCAACUGGAAAAGUGGUAAGGAGGGGUCUUGAGUAGUUUUUAAGACUUUGGUAAGGAAAAUCGAUCUUCAAACUCCUUUAAUUCUUAACUUGGUUGACUGUUUGAGACAUAUGAAAUUUUAAGGUUGAACGGCAACGAAAUGCAUUUGAAACGAAUAAGUUUACUAAAGGAGUUUGGCCGGGCUUGAGUGAUUCUGAGAAUAUUAGUAAGGAUUCAAUUAUUCUCUGAUUUCCUGUUAAAAGAAGCUCAAGUUUAAAAGUCCCAUGACAGAAAUAUAGCAUAAGUAUUGAGGUGGCUAAGUUUCAAGCUAAGUUAUAUUUUUAAGGCCUUCGGAAUCGUUCUGAUAGGCUGGGUUUUUCAACUGGAAAAGUACUAAAAGUGGGGUAUUGAGUGAUUUUGAGUUUGUAGUAUGGAAUUCUUCAUACAAUUUUGAUUGGCUGUCGAGUGAAGUUCCAAUUUGAAGGUUCUAUGAUGGAAUAUAGAAUUAGUGUUGAAAUUCAGGGACAAAAGUGGUACAGAUGAUAGAUUUUGGUAUUUCUGUGAGCAUUUUUUCAUGUUAGAGUUUUUUAAAGCUUUGAUAUAGAGCUUUUAAAGUGGGGCGGGUAUUUUUUUAAGUACAAUUAUUAUUAUUUAAGUUUUGAAUUAUCAUAAAUUCAAUGGAUUAGUCAAAUUUUCAAGAACUCGUUUUGGCGCGAUUAGCAAGGCAGUAUGGGAAAACAGGAGAGGAUACAGAAAUUACAGAGUUUCUCGUCAUAAUUUGGCAAGGAAUAGUGUUGUUUAUGCGCGAGUAGUUAUACUUUUAUGGCUUUUGAAAAUAUUAAGACUACUUGGGAAUUCCAGAGUGGUCCCUAUAGGUGUUAGGGGGACGAACAGCCCCUAUAGAGACCGAUUAAGUGAUCCGUAUAGGACUUCAAUCAAUAAACGCUUAACUAACUGAAACACCUAUAGGGGGCAUCUUUUGUAACCUUUAUUGCUCCUUUAGGGGUUGUUAAAGUGGUCCCUAGAGGGGACCCUCCAAGGGCCCCUUUAGGGACCACUCUGGAGCUCCUUAGGAGGGUUUUUAUUUUUCCGAAUUAGCUAUGAACUUUGUUCCUUUUGAGAAUUUCAUCUUUCCAAAAAUCGAUAAUCCAGAAAAAGUGACGUCAUUUCCGCUGUUAAACUCGUUUUUUCUCCGAUUCCCGAACAUGCUUCUCGAUCCGAAUAUCUUUUUUCCGAGGAAUUUGCGUCGAUUGAGUCAUGAUCUGUUGGCAAUCACGGGUCGGGGGGCCAAUUUGAUGGGAGAAACGGCCGACGGCGUGGUUUUUCGGUAACUGGGUCAGUGUGCUGAAAGUGAGCGGCCGCCGAUUCGUACAGCUCUCUGACUUUUUCGCACGUGGUCACUCCAAAGGGAAAGUCUGCCGCCCCUUUUUUAGGGUGCGAGCGAAAACGAGAUUGCAACUGGAAAUCGCCGGGAUUUUUCUUUCUUUUGAGAGGGAAUCGAAGUUUGGAUGAUCUGGAAGGGGUGUGGAAACAAGAUUAUAGCUUACUAGAGACAAUAAAAGUCAUUAGUUUGCUUCUAGAAUCUUAGAUUUUGAUUCAUAGUUUCAGGUUCUUUUGAGGAAAAGCUGAAAAAUCGCUCCUUUUGAAGGAAAAAUUUGAGCUUUUUUUGUCUGUUUUCAUACUGAAAAGGUUCCAAAAGACUCUUUGAAUCUAUCAUAAGUGCUCAAAUAUUUGAAAGAAAGGUCGUUUUUUUCAAAAGAAAAUCUUGGAAGUUGGUCAGGAUAUCUCUUGAUGCAACAGAUCAAGUUUCUGUAAUUCUUAACCUGAUAAAUUUCCUAGUUUAUGAAAAAAAUAAAGGCUCAAGGUCUGAGACUUUUUUUUUUGACGUUUCUGAUGGUUUUCUUGGAUGUUCAAUUUCAAUUUGUUUAUUUUUUUUUCGCAACAUCGGGAUGGUAUGGUGAUGUUGCAGGGAGGGAAAAAGACCACUAGGUGGAUUAACUAACCCCACCUGUGAAGAAAAAAGUUUUUUGUGUAAGAAAAGAAACAUAGAACCAUAAUAAGUAGAUAUUUAAAACCAAGUUGAUCAUGGCACAAAUCUGUGAACACUUGAAAGAAUAUGCUCGACGCCAACAUCUUCUGCAUACACUAAAAAAACAUGUCCUUAAAUUUUUUUUCUUGUCUUCCUCUGCCAAUAAUUCAUGUUCAAUGUCAUUCCAAACAUUAGUAAUGCGAUGUGAUAAGAAAUUGAAGAAAACCAGUGAAGGUUUCUGUUUUUUUAUUAAUUUAAAACCAUUUCCUCUGAGCUGACUGGGACGGUCAAAGAUGUUAUGUACCUGGAUGGGAGAGUCUGACCAGCACUUAUUAUGCAAAAAAACUGAUGUGAUAAUACCAGAUCCUUAACUAAACGCCUAAACCAAAGAGGUUGAAGACCUAAAAAGUUUUAACCGUUCAUUAUAUUCCAUUCUUGGGGAAAGGCGCUUCGUGAAACGCCUCUGGACCGAUUCUAAUCGAUCAAUAUCUGACUUUGUCAAUGGACACAUUAGUUCCGAACCAUACUCUAGAAUGGGAAGUACCUUGGCCUUAUAGCAUGUCAAGAAGUUUUUGUUUCGAGAAGCUAAAACAGCGGAAUAGGUUGUUUAUAAUACGCAUAGUUUUUUUGACGAUAACUUCAAUAUUAUUAUGCAUUUUGAGGUUAGAUGAAAAAAAUAACUCUGAGAUCUUUCACACAAUCCUCGUUAUUCACUGUUGUACCAUUAAGCUCGUAACUCGCAACACUUCGAACUCGUUUACCAUAACUAACAUGGAGACUUUUUAUUUGCUGAAAGUAUGAGUUGUCUAUCUGCAAGAAAAUUUUCAAUGGAAUGGAGAUCCUCUUGUAGCUUGUUUUGAUAUCCUGGAACAGAACUGCUAAUCAUUACUUUACAAUCAUCCGCGUAAAUCAACAGUUUACUAUAUUUAAGUGCUUUUAUCCAAAUCGUUAAUGUAAACAAGAAACAUUAAAGGACCUAAACAGCUUCCCUGUGGAACCCCAGAAAUGACUUCAAUAUCUCCCGAAAAAUUUAUCAUUUACUUUUUACUUUUUUUGAGUCCUGUUAGUCAAAUAAGCUCUAAUCCAGUUACCAAGUUUUCCUUUACAUCCGUAGGCUUCAAGUAUGGUUAAAAAGUCUACGGUGACUGACUGUGUCAAAAAGCCUUUGAUAUAUCCAAGUAAAUACAGUCAACAUUGUUUUUAUUGUAAACUUCUUCAAAAAUAUAUCUUUGUUUUUCCAGUAACUGAGUUAUUGCACUCCGAUUGUUCAAAAAUCCGAACUGAGUUUUAGAAAAAAUUUUGCUACGCCAAAGAUGAUUUCUUAAAGCUCUCACUACAAUUGAUUCGAAAAUUCGGCAUGGCACACAGGUUAAAGAGACGGGCCUAUAAUUUUCAGCGGCGGAAGGGUUUCCUUUUUUGAAUACUGGAGAAACAAUAGAUUUUUUCCAAAGAAGAGGUAACGAGGAGCUAUCUAAUGACUUUCUGAAAAUCAUUGAGAGCGGGCGCGCUAAAGGAACUGCUAAUUUUUUACAUAAUUUACUCGAAAGUCCGUCUGGGCCUGAAGAGCUUAAACUUUUUAGAUUUUUCAUACAUUUAUAAACCACAUGUUCAUCUACGCAAACGUCCUCCAAAACUGUACUAGUAACCGAAGGGACGCUGAAAUUUUUAUUGUCAUCAAUACGGUAGACCGAACUGAAAUAUGAAUUAAAAAUGGUCGCGAUCUCCUCACUUUUUUGAAUGGAGCGACCUUCGAAACAUAGAGAUUUUGGCUGCAUAGAAACAGUGGUUUUCCUCUUAACAUAAGACCAAAAUGCUUUACUGUUUUUAGAUCCGUUUAGUACUCGUUCUUCUUCUGAAACUUUGUAGUUUUGGACGCUGGUCUUAUACAAUUUAAGGAUCUGCCUAUAUUUUUGCUCUUUUUGUGGAGACGAGGAUUUUUUAAAAUCAAUAUAGCAUCUUUCGACUUUUCUUCUCAUUCUUAUAUGUUGAACUGUUUUUCCUCAAAAAGUAGCAUUUCGUGAAGAUCUGAAGAGUUAAUUGUGGUAAAUCAAACAUUUUUUUAUAGCUAUUUCUUAGGAAAAAUCCCAAUUACAAAGCAAGAUACAAAUAAUAAAUAAUAAAAAUCAUUUAUUUUGUUGUUUUAGUCAUAGAUGUAAUCGACUAGGCGGUGAACAAGAACUUUCAAAGCUAUAACGAACAACCGCCUUUGGCGAACUAGAAGUCCAAACGUGUAGUCGAAAGAGUCGAAAGCUUGGUCUUACGGUCCUUCGCCUCGUCCUUCUGCGCGUAGUCCAUCCAGUUGCGUCUUGACGAGCUCAGAAUGUAGUGGGUGGUGUAGCUGGAGCCCGGAGACCGUGCUCUAGGUGGAAGCCUCGGAAUGAGAGCUACCACUUUGAGUGAAGAUUUUACACGGAAAGAUUUUACACGGAAUUCCUUUUUAAUCCAUUAUUCAAUUUUGUAUCAUAGAUUAAGGGGAAAAAUAUCGUAAACGAUCUUGAAAUGAAGUCACUGAGGCUCUGUAACGUUCACGUUGUUUUAAUAUUCGACAGCACACAUUUCUACACUUUUAUAAUCCUAUUCAUUUCAAUAAUUUCGAGCGAAAACAAGAAUGAGUCGGCCGAAGAAAUGAUCGACUUUCGUCAUUCCAUACCCGGUUUAGAAGCUUCUUGAGCAAUGUCCGCUCUCGCUCACCCAAAACGAGAAACUUUCCAUCCUUUUUUGGAAACUUUUUCAAAAGAACUCGUGAAGAGUCAGAAUGGUGGGAAGUGCAAAAAAAAAAAAGAUGCACACAGAGCGGGGUGGACUGCUCUUCAAUUUUUGGGAUCCCCUCGAGAGAGCGGGAUAAAAAGUCCAAGGGCUCCUGGAAGGGUUUUAGCAAUGCUUUAGUGGUCACUUUAUCUGUUUUUCCAACGGGAAAUUGCUUUAAGUGUAAAGAAACUAUGAUAAAAAUUCAGUAGCCACUUAAGAGGUCCUUUAAGGGCUAUUUGGGGAGGACACUAAAGUGGCCACUGAAACUAGUUCUAAAGAAGGCGCUAUUUUGCGUCUUAGUGGUCAUUAUAGUAGUUUUAGUGGUCUAGUAGUAGAGCUCAGACUUCUGAAGUGGUCACUAGUUUUCAGCCACUUGAGGGGCUUCCAAUUUUACCGCUAUAGUGGCCACUAAACUUUCAAAGAGGCUACUUAUUUCUAUAAAAUCUUAAGUGGUCACUAAUUGGACUACUAUAGCGGCCUCUAAAACGUCAAAACCCUUAAAUGACCACUAAAAAUUUUCCCAGAAGCACCAUUUUUAAAAAAAUUUCAAGAACCUAUUCUUUAUUAGGCUUGGAAGAGAUUCGAACGGACCUUAGAGCAGCUGGACCUGAGCGGAAACCGGCUUAAGUCGGUCCCACAGUUUGGCAAUUUCCCCAACCUGGCCGCUUUGAAUUUGAACGAAAAUCAGGUGCGUUUUUGCAUCAAUUUACAUUGUAAAGCUGAUUCAAAACUCAUUUGGGACUAGGAAAAUAUUAAAUUUUAGAUUUCAAACGUCAGCGAGAAAUCGUUUGCCAACAUGAAGUCGUUGACUCAGCUCCGUAUCGAGAAUAAUCACGUCUGCGAGUUGCCGCCGUUCGUUUUUUUGGGUUCUAAAAAAAAAUUUUAAUCAAAAAAAAAAGAGAAAAACAUUUUUUAAACGGAGUAGACAGCAUUAAGAAGCCUAGAAAUUUUUUUAAAAAAUUUUAAAGGUUCAGUAGAUUUUUCUAACGCACUUUAGUCACGGAAAAAGUCAUUUUUUAGGCUUUAAAAAUAAAAUUGAACCAAAAAAACAUGAGUAAAAGUUUUUGCGAUCGUAAAACUCAUAGUAAAAUAGGAUCAAUAAUGAGUUUUGAAGCAAAAAAAGCCUUUGAAAGUAUUUUUAAAGCAUUUGUAUUAGAGUUCUCAAAAGUAAAUGUUUGAACGAACGUUCAACCAAACAUUUUCUGAACGUUUGAUGAAUUCGACCAAUUAGUUAAAUUUCACAUGAACCGUUUGUUAAAAAAAUUUCUUUUUUUGGUUAAAUUUCAUAACUGAGCAUAAAAAAAUGAACAAUUACUUAUUUUUUUCGAAAAAAAUUUUGGUUAAAAAAAUGAACAUUUAAAUUUGAUUUUUGAAAUUUUUUUGGUCAAAGAAGUAAACAUUUAAAAAUUUAUUUCGAAAUUUUGGUCAAAAAAAUGAACAUUUAAAGUUCAUUUUGAAAAAUGUUGGUCAAAAAAAUGAACAUUUAUAGUUCACUUUGAAAAAUUUUGGUCAGAAAAAAAUAAACAUUUAAAGCUCACUUUGAAAAAUUUUGGUCAAAAAAAGUGACCAAUUACUUUUCACUUUGAAAAAAAUUUGGUCAUUAGGACGAACAUUUAUUUACUAGUCAGAAUAUGAUUGUUUAGAAAAAUGACCAUUUAUUUUUUUCAGUCAUUAUUUGAAAAAGUCAAAAAAAUGAAAAAGAAUGAAAGUGAUCAAUUUUUGGUUGAUGUUUCAAAAAAACGACAUUCGUUUGAAAUGUCAAAAAAAGAAAAAUUUUUUUCGUUUUUUUGAAGAAUAUCAUUUUUUUCAAUUGGUCAUUUUGAGAACUCUAAUUUGUAUGGUUUUUUCAACUGUAAAGUCAUUUUUUUAAGGAUCUGAAGUGUUCAGAACUACAAAGCCGAAAAAAAUUUUUUUAAUUUUUUUAAAGUACCUUUAAAAAGUGGAUUUUGCCUGAAGAAAUAACAGAAUUUCUAUAAUCUUUUGUCCAAGUUGGAGAGUUCAGAAAAACGCUCGACUCGGUCAAAGGCUCCCUGGUGCUUCUCGACUUGAGCAGCAACUUUCUGACGGCGAUCCCAGCCCAAAUCCUGAGAAAUGCUGCCCGAUUGAUGUACUUGGACCUGUCGAGUAACGUUAUCGAGGAGGUAAAAAAAAAGUUCAAAGUGGGGCGUGAACUCGGAUAAGGCUUGAAAUUCGCUAUGAAUUAAUUUUUUUCGACUCUUUCUGGUUUAAUGAGGUUUUAUAGGAAGAUUCGGCUAGGGCAGAAAAUAUUUCAGUGUAAAAAGACAAAAGGAAGUCAUUUUCGGGUUUUAUUUAUCACUUUAUUUCAUACUGUCUCAGAACCAAAAGCAAAAUAAGUGUACGAAGUUUAAAAACGUCCCCUGUUCAGCAGAAAAAAAAUCAUGAUAUUUUAUCUGAUCAUACAUGGGAUAGUUUCGGUGGGACCUGAAAAAGGGGAGGAGACUUGGCGAACCGCAAAAAAAAAAUGUUCAGGAUGCGCGCUUGACGGCGUUUCCGAUCUCUUAAAAAAUUUUGAAAAUCCAUUUCAUAGAGUUUAAUUGAUUAAAAUAAGCAAUCUUGGCUGUCGCCAGUCAUGCUCAUCUCAUGUAUGUUUACAAUCCAUGAGGCUAGUUUAGUUAUUUUUGAUUCCUUCUUCUUUUCUGAUUCUGAAACAAUAUGAGCACAGUUAAUAUCAGUAAAAUGAAGAUAAUCAACUUGUUCGCAUAAAAUUUUAAGAUCCCAGUGAUUUGUUAGAACUGGGUAACUUGGUCUUCUUCUUCUUCUUCCUACGAUUUUGUACCGCUUGAGCGGCGUCGGCGCCCCAAGUCGAUUAGCCGAGGUCCUAUACCAGGGAUAAUAGGUGGACUGGCUCGGGUGACCUAUCCGCCUAAAUUUCUUAAACCCCUUGUUUGGGUCGAGACGGGGAACGAACUUGAGACCCUGUGGACCGUAGACCGGCACGCAACCUGUUGCGCUACAGCGCACCUCAACAGGAUAACUUGGUUAAACCAGAAAACCAUAUUUCUUAUCGUAGAAACCGAAAAAAUAGAUAAUUUCCAGAUCAACAACUUUGAACUGAUGAACCUUGCGGCCCUGCGGGAACUCCGUCUGAACAACAACACCCUGAGAAGAGUCCAUCCGAUGGCCUUCAUGAACGUCCCCCAACUUCAGUAUCUGUACCUCCAUGAGAAUCUCAUCUCCACCCUGGACGGGAAUCGUCUGCAGGCCUUUAAAAGGCUGGAAAUUCUCGACGUCAGCAAUAAUAUGCUCCAAUCGGUGAGAUCAUUGCUGGGAAAUGGGAAAAGGGCUGUUAAAGGUGUCACCAAGAAAAUUUCCUUUUAAAGCGUAUAAUCGCUUAAUAUUUUGAUUGUCACCUUACAAGGUAGGUCAUUGAACUUUGAAAAUUCCUGAAAAUCGGCUAGAAUACUUCUUUAUGUACCAGAAAAAGAUACUGAAAGUCUCAACUUUCACGACUACCUAUAUUUGGAGAAAUAAGGGCUCAAAGCCCGAAAACAACUUUUUUUGAUGGAUGAUGAAGGUUUCUAUCGACUUUCAAGAAAGUGUUAAAAAAAUACAAAAUAGGUCAUUUUUUGAGUUUCAGAAUAUCCACUUGAAACUCGACGAAACUGUGUAAAUUUUCUAGGAUUUUCGAGAAUUUUACAAUUUUUGGUAAUUUUCACAUGUUCUCACAUGUAUUCGGAGACGUUACUGAAAGUCUCCACCUGUGCAAAAUUUUUUUAGUUUUUUUAAGGAAAAAAUCUCGAAAAACCGUAUAACUUGAAACUGAAUCAAUAAUUUGUUAAAUUAGAUCUUUUUCAGAAAAAAAGGAUUGUACUUAAUAGGACUCUUUCGAAACUUAUACAAUAAAAGAAGAGAGUUUAGGGAAUUUCCAGUAUUUUUUAAAACAAAAUUUACAAUUUAAAAUUAAACUGAAAUAGAAAUAGAAAAAUGGUGCGAAAAUUGCAGGAUGAAAAUGUCGUGAAAUUUGCUUUUUUUUUCCUGGAAAAAAUUUGUUUUUACCAAAGGAAUCUUUUGGAAACUUAUCUGACUAGUAAGGAAUCGGAGCUUUCCGGAAAUCUACAAGAAAUCUUGGAAAUGAAAACCGGAAUUUGAAUACUAAACAAACUCAAGUAGAAGAGUGACGACUAGGGACAUUUUUGGCAAAAAUUGUGACACAAAAGCAAAAAAGUUCAUUUUUCCAGUUGCCAUCCCUGAAAGACCUGCCCAACCUGAAGCAAGUCCGGAUGGACGGCAAUCUGAUUGAAAAAAUCGAGACGCUCGCCUUUUCCAACAACCCAAAGUUGCAGUUGAUCACGUUGCAGGUGAAAAAAAAACCUGAUGAAUUCAAAAUUGAAUCUUUUUGUUCAGAACAACAACAUUUACCAAAUCUCGAGAAACAGCUUCGAUUCGUUGGAUCAGUUGGUGGUUCUGCUGCUCGGGAAUAAUACGAUCCCGAAAAUUGGUUUGUUUUUCGAAGAUUUGGAGAGUUGGAGAAGGGAAUCUAGAUCCUAAUUUGAAUAAUGAAGUUGAAGAAUCAUUAAAUUUUUGGGUUUUAAGUGAUUUUCGAGUUACAAUUUUUGACAUAAGGUCUUUUUUCCAGCUUUUUUUGGUCAUACUCAAAGGAUUUUUAGAAAAAGAGGGGCUCAGAGAAAAAACCAGUUUUUCAGUCAAGUCUGACGUAAUUUUAGACCAGAAAAUUUUUUUUCUGCUCAAAAAUAUAUACGAAAAAUUCUUACUUGAUCAAAAAAUUUUCUGAAGCCUUCUGUAGUCGAAAUUACUGAUAUUUACACCACUCUGGUAGAAUUCCAGUUUGCAGAAAAAAAAAACGCAGCUCAUAGAGUUUUAAGAAGAUUAGGCUUUAUAGAAGUUGGGAGAAAGUUGUGAGCAAAAAAUUUUUUUUUUAAUUUUUUGAAGGUACUUUAAUUUGAAUUAAACAUAAUAAACAAUCUUUUAGAACGCGGAAUGUUGGACGGGAUGCGCAAUCUGCAGCAGCUCAGCGUUCGGAACAACUCCCUGACGUCGCUCGACAAAUAUUCGUUCCCUUCCCUGCCCCAUCUGACCACCUUGGACUUGGCCCACAAUAAGAUUAGCGAUAUUCAAGAGGUGAUUAUCGGGAAAGUCCAGGCCUAAAAAAAACUCUAAAAAAAGUUCCGAACCUCAAAAUGAAGCUCCUGAUAAGACUAGUUGCAAUUUAUGCAGAUUUUCCAGCUAAUUUCGAAUUUGAGCAAAGAAAGGCUAUUAACAAAGGAAUAAUUUUUCUUUAAGACGUUGUAAUGUAAAGAAGCCCAUAAAAAUACCCAAAGGAAUCUCAAAAAAUGAUUUGAUUUUCCAGGGAACUUUCGAAAAGCAGUCGAAACUUUUCUGGUUGGACCUGUCGAACAACAACCUCGCCGGGUUCAAGAAAGACGUCUUCCAGAAGAAAAUUUCCAAUAUUCUGCUCAAUGGUAAAUUUCUUUAGAAUUUAUGUUGCUUAUGCUUAUGCAUAUUUAUUUGACUAUUGAACUUGCGAAUGUCGCGAAGGAUGGUUGAACGCGGUCAUGAAAAAGGAUUCCCGUUUUUCUUUUGUUUUGGAGUUUCUCAAGGUCGGGCGCAGCUGGGACUUGAGAAAAAAGAAAGUUUUCCCAAAAACGCAGCGCGGCCGCAACGCGUUUAGCCAUGCCGAUUGCGACCAUGACUAUUUUUUUUUUGAACCUUAUCAAAGUUUUUCACAGGUAACUCGCUUAUCUGCGACGAAAGUUCUCAAAGCAUACUUUGAAAAUGUAAAUUUCAAGAAACGCCAAAAACGCAACGCGCUCAGCCAUUCCAAAUGCGACCACGACAAUUUCUUUGAACCUUACGAAUCUUCUUUUCACAGGCAACUCGUUGAUUUGCGACGAAAAUUCUCAAAGAAACGUUGAAAAGGUCAAUUUCAAGAAGCGCCAAAAACUCAGCGCGACCCAACGCGUUGAGCCAUUCCAAAUGCGACCACGACUUAUUUUUUUUUUUGAACUUUACGAAUCCUUUUCUCUACAGGCAACUCGCUGAUCUGCGACGAAAGUUUCGAUGAAGUCCUCACCUACCUUGUCACUAACAGAGUACGAACAUUUUUGCCAUUCCAACCCGAAAUUUCCUGCGCCGGUCCGGAAAAAUACGCUGGUGUUAGGUAUUGAAGACGAAGUUGUAUUGAUUUUUCCGAAAAUUUUGAAGACUGAAAGACUUGAUGAUGAAGAAGGCGAACGAAACGUUGAGCCAGGGAAUCCGGACGAUUGGACUGGAUCCUGGAAAUAAGUGGGGGAGAAUUUGAGUUCAAAAGUGAUUGAAUUAAAUUUUCCAGGUCGAUCUUGUCGUCGUUUUUGCCGUCGCUCGGGCCUUUGGGAGGCCCGCAAGGCCUUGAUGCUGGCCUGCCUUUCUUGAGAACUAUCACUGGGGUAAGCGGAAAAAUAGUGUUACGGCUUAUGCUAAGGGGCGUGGCCUGUCUGGGCUCUCCACCAACCAGGCACUAUCUCUUUUUCUAUCGUGUCAGGAUCCUUUUUUUAGAUGGGACAAGCCAGCCGUGUAAAAGAUAUAGAAUAAUGAGCUUGAUUGUAGUUCUGGUACUUAUAAGUACACUGGAAUAAUUUGUCAAGAAGAUUUUUGAAUUUUUUGAAAGUUAUGUUGAUUGGUAGCUUUUGGAUAGUUGUUUUAGUGGUAUUGAAAUUUUUUUAUCAAGAUGGAAGAAAAAUAAAAAAUUGUAAAAAUUUAAAAUCAGCUGGAAAUAAAAGUGUUAGGUUAAUAAAAAACUUUGGAUGCUUUUGUGACAUUUUUCAUCGGAAAGUUCUAUUUUUUGGACAUUAUGGCUCAUUUUUUAAUCCUCCCAUACGAUUGGUUUCUUCAAAAUCUUAAAAAGAAGAAUAUGCGCUUAUAAAAUUUUUCAAAACUGUGAAAUUGCCGGAUAAAUUAUUCAAAAAUGAUGGUGAAAAGGCUUGGACGACGGAGAAAAAAGUUGCAUUUGUUUGGUAUUUUUCCUACCGUAACCCUAAAAAGUGGCGGAGCCUCUCAAAAACCUAUAAAAUUUUCAGGACCUUGUUUAGUUAUUGUGACCACAAUGUGAGAUCAGAAAUUUUUCUAUCAACGAUUUAUUACGUUUCUGUGAGAAGUUUUAAAAAGGAUUCAAAUUUUGAAGAAGCAUAGGUUUUUUAAAAGAUUCAUACUCCCUCUACUGAUAAAUUGGAGCAAAAAAAAACUCACACACGUCUAAAACUCUUCGUUUUGCUAUACUUUUUCGACAGUUAUCAAAAAUUUUGACCCAUGUUAACGACAAAGGAACAUUACCGACUUUCCUGCAAAUUCGAGAAUUAAUAAAAUUCUUUUUCAGUCGAUCCCGGCCCUGCAGAACAUCCCAGGCCUCGGCGGCAACGUUCCAGUCGGCCAGACCCGCGGCGCUCAGAUGCUGCCCAACAAGAACCUGAACGAGGCGAUCGAGCAGUUCACGGCUCCCCUGGUCCGAUUCGCGACCGGCGGUCAGCCGGUUCCGGAGGACAUUGAGCAGCUGAUCAAGUCGAUCCCCAACUUCAUCGUCAAUGUCCCCGGCGUCGGAGACAUCGACCUGAACAAGGUCGGAGAAGACUAGAUCUUUCUCUUUUGAGUGGGGUUUGGUCGAAACUUUCGGGUUAGGAGGAGCUAGAGGACAUUACUUCAAGGAAUUGAAACUUACUGGGGAAAUCUUUAGUGGCCACUUAAGAGGCUCCUUAAGGACUACUUGGAUAGGAUACUCAAGUGGCCACUUCAACUAUUUCCAUAGAAACCAUUACUUUUCGAAAUGGCCACUAUAGCAGUUUUAGUUAUCUAGAAAAGCCACUCAGACUUCUAAAGAGGCCACUAAUUUUUAGCCACUUGAGUGGCCACUAAAGCUUCAAAACCCUAAAUUGGUCACUUAAAAUUUCUACAUUAUAUUUGAACUCCAUAAGGUAUCAAGAAAGAACCUGAAAUAGGAUAAUGAAUAACUAAAAUAAACAAAAAAAAAAAGCUUAAAAAACACUCAGAAAUCUCGGUGUCGCAGGCCGGACCUUUCUAGGGACCACUUAGGAGUUCUAACGCCGCUCAAGUGACCACUGGAAAUGCUCAGAAACUUUUGGCACGUGUCCAGUUUGCGUUACCGACAUCUGGAAAAAUGAUCAUUUCUAGAAACACCUCCCGAAAAAUCUAGAACUUGAACCUAAGACGAAUAGUUCAGAUGGACCCGGCGAUGAUCUCCUACGUGCUGAAGGGUGGCCAGGUUCCCGGAAUCGACAAGUCCACCAUGGACACGAUCAUCAAGCAGGCCAUGCAGAAGAUGCACACCGCCGCCGCCGCUUCCCUGCAGGGAAAACCCGUCGCCGACGAGUCCAAGGUGUCUUUUUUGACCUUUUUCUGGAAAAUUAGGUUUUUCCUAGCACCAUAGGGUUUUGUCGAAACUUGAAAAAAGCUGGUUAGGCUUGUCUUCAUCGGAAGUUUCAGUACAAAUUUUUUCAAAAAUCAAAAAAAUUCCAUUUUCAUUUCAACCUGUACCCUAUCAGCUAUCAUUUCCUUGGAGACAAUUUUUUUUUGAUUUUUUCCAAUCCAUGAAAUUCAGCACCUCCCACCCCUGUCAAGCCUCCCAUCGGAGCUCGUGACCCAGGUCAUUUCCGGCGAACCUCUUCCCGGCCUCGACUCGGAUCAAACUAAAAUCAUCAUGGUUUCCCUCUUCAACUGACUAGAUUCAUUGAAUUGUCCUUCCAGGAGUACUACACUCGACAGAUGCCGACGAUGAACGACACCCACGUCGUCGUCGCCGCGCCAAACGCGACCAGGCCUUCGAACGGCUUCGUCUUCUCGCCGGAGAUGUUCGACCUGCUGAAGAUCCUGCCGCCCGGCUACAACUUGAGCAAGAUCCCUAUGGAGGUGAUUGGAGCGGACUUUUCUGGGGUCCAAAAUGAACUGGGGAUCGAUACAAAUUUCGUGAAGAUCUUGGAAAUUAAUCCGAAUUAUUAUUUGUCCUAGAACAUUCAUUGAAACCAAUAGGCUUACUAGGGAACUAUUUCAUAUUUUUUUUUUAAAAGUUUUUCCAAGCAUUCCAGUAAGGUUUUUAACAGAGUUUGAGGAAUUUUAAACCGGAUUCUAUGAUAGGUUACUGAAAAUUCGACUUGAAAAGGUUUUUUUCCCCGCAAGGCUAGAAAAUAAUUUUUACGUUUUUUAUCAAGUACAGCCCAGCGCAAAUUUGCCUUUUUUUCUAUUUUCAAAAGUUUAAACGGAAUAUUGAUCAAUGAUUCAGUUGAAUUUUAAUAAAAUUAACUUUGAAUCGGAAAAAGGGGGCCUGGCCUAGAACUUCUUCGAAAAAGUUCUUAAUUGAAGUUUUGAAUAAAAAUUUUAUAUCUUUUUGAAAUUCUAAGUUUUCCUCGGAGACCCCUUGAGCGUCAGAUUUUCAAGCUUCUGAGCCUUAUUUUAAAUUUGAGGUGGAUGAGUGAAGAUUUCGGUUUAUUCAGUACAACAAUCAGCGGAAAAGGGCUUCUAGACCUUACUGAUCCAUUUUUCCCCCAGGUGGUCAAUGCUGUGACCCGUGGCGAAGUGCCAGACAUGCGCCUGCUUCCGGAAGACUUGCUCGAGUAUUUCAAGGGACACACUAGUACACUAGCUUCCAUGUUCGCCAGAGCUAAAGGGGUGAGUUUUGGGGAAGAGUGUGGAAAGGAAGUUUCGAAGAAUUUUAAGAAAAUUGUUGAAAAUUCUAAUUUUUGUUAGUUUUUCCUCUUUAAAAGAUGAUUUUUUUCAGUUCCUGGUUGAAAUUUUGGUGAAACUAAGCCGGAGUGUACUCUAGGACCUCCUCAUUUUAGAAAAAACGAAAAUUUAUCCUGAUUUCUCAAAUCUUGAAUGUCAAGCAGUUGACUCCGCCCCCCAAGGUUACAGUACCUUUUCGUGACGAUCAUUUUUGAGAAUCCUUCAAAAGCGCUACCUUUUUUGAUGUUUUUGAUCAAACAGCUUGAAAAAAUAGUUGCAGUAGUGCUAAAAGAAUCAUCUUCAAGAGCGUCGAAACAUCGACGCGAAAGAUACCGUAGCAUUAGGGGCUGAUUUAGGCAAUUGACAUUCCAAGUCUGUAUAGAAAUGACCCUUCAAAGCCAGUAAAAUUCACAAAUUAAGAAAAAAUAAGAUUACUUGAAGUCCCUGACGCGUCAUAACUCGACUGAAAUGAAAAAUUCCGGAAACUUCUUUUUUUUUAUGAAAUCAGAAGGUCCUGAAGUACUCGUUUUUCAAUUUUUAUAUCAAAACUUCACAAAAAAGCUCCUUUUUUUUGAAACAAUUCAUUUUUCAGACGAACACGUCUCUCGAGGAGAUCAUCGACAAACUCCCCGUCUUUGCUCGACCCGAACUCUCGACUUUCGUCCCCUACGACAUCAAUGAACUCACCAGCGAAAUGAUUCUCGAAAAGGAGGUCGAGGAACGUCAUCGCAGGAUACGGUAGGAGGAAAAUGCGCGCCAAUGUGAUAGUCAUUUUUGCAGAUUGUAUACGGCGAUUGCCUUGGGACUCAUUGGAGCCGUCACGAUUGUCGUCGUCGCGUUCUUCGUCAAUUAUGUCAAAAAACAACGGAAAUUGAAGAAAAAGUGGGGGUUUCUAUGUAGAAAAACAUGAGACAUAUAGUGAUCUCUUAAGUGCCUUAAUGUCGUUAUCACUAAAUGCCUAAGAAAUGACUUGGUCUGAGUAAUGAGAGCUUACUUUUCAGUCUUUAGAAGGAUGAUCAAAAAGAUUACGCAUCAAGAAAAUAGACUCGAAGAAUACAUUCGUAAGAAGUUUCACAAAAAACGAGCGAUCAGACUUGUACAACUUUUAAAGAUUUGAUAUUUCAGCCGGAUGUUCGCCAACACGCCGAUGAGGCCGGCUCUCUCCGCCGCGUCGAUUUCCGGCCAUUCAAGUCGAGUAGCCCCGGUGACGCCCAACAGACCGGUGGACCAAACCUCGAAACUCCACACCUCCUACGGACCUCCGCAGUUGUCGUCGACCUUGCUGGAGACGCCUCAUCGGCCUCGUCAGCCCGUCCCGACGCCUCGAAGAACCUAG